CACACGCGCGCAAAUAUAUCUCUCCCUCUCUCUCAUUCUCUUUCUCCUCGUCCCUCUGCGUGAACACAUGCACUCGUUCUCGUGUUUGUCUCUUCGUCUUCUUGUCAGGCCUCUGUCAAGCCGGCUUCCGAACAUGGUUGGCCCAGUCGCGUUCUGAACGUCGUGUGACGGGGUUCGGUCGGUUCUCGAAAUUGAACGCGAAUGACAAGAGAUUCUAUUCGGUUGCCUCUGAUCCUGUCGCUCUUUGGUAAUCAUGAAACAGCUAGAAGUGAUACAAGUGUGAGAAAAAGAAAAGGGGGGGGAAAAGAAAAUAAAACGAAAGAGAGUCUUUAUUGCUCGACCGGGAUAGUUCGUGCGCAGAAAAUAUCGCGAACCGAGUAAUGUCCGAAUCGUAAAACGGGGAUGAAAUUCGAACGUACAACAAAGGGUAAUAAUAAUAAAGUUGGUUCGUAUUUAGAAUUUUAAACAAGACUGUAUGCAGGGUGGGGGGAAGGAGGGGCGAGAGUGUCAAAGAGCAGCAGAGGGACGUAAAGUUACCUCGCGAGUCCGUCAAAUGCAACCGCGCUGGGAACGGCGUCGGGACACCUCGUCGUCAUCGAUGUUGUUUUCGUUACGAUCGUCAACGUCCACACGGUGUUGUCCAAUAAAAGAAGAGAAAAUAGUAGCGCGUAAGGUCGCGGGACGUGCGAUUAUUAAAACGUCGUACGUUGCUAUGGUAUCGAAGAAACGGAGUGAAAAUCUGUCCUCCCGUAUCGUUUAAAUUUCCGUCGAUUACGAAACGAAAAUAAAUAAAGAAAGGAAAAAAAAGAAGAGUACGAGGGAACCGAAUGAUACGAAGCAAACGGCAUCUCGUAUUAUCGUCGUGAAACGGUGAACACGAUGUCACGAAUCGGUCGAAAUGCGACGUACAAGGACUGGAAACAAUUUGGAUACCAACCAAACUUCUUGAAGUAACGAAAUCCGUUAUCCGGACCGUCGACUUUGAUGCUCGGUUGAGACUACACGCGCAACGGUUGAACCUCCUCGCAUCUUUCUUCGCCAAUACAACUCUAUGACAUGCUACCGCCAGCGGCUAUGCAUUUGGAACAAAAAGCCAGUACCGAAAAAUUGACAGGUACACAACAGCAAUAUCAUCAUCAGUAUCAUAGCCAUUAUUAUCACGAUCAACGUCAACAUCAUCGACAUCCACAGAAGCAGCAAGAAUAUCAUUGUCGUCGUCGUCGUCAUCGGAACAACGAUCAUCAUCAUCAUCACCAUCAUCAUCAUCACUAUCAUCAUCGUCACAAACAUCAUCGGCAGCAUAACAAUAACAGCCAGACAGAGCAGCAACAGCAACUGCAACAGGGGCAGCAACAGCAUCGUCGACGUCGUUCGCGAAAUUUAGAUCGUCGUCGCACGGUAUCGCCAUUGUCGUCGUUGACGAUACCUCCGUCUAACGACAAUUCGUCUGCGUCUCAGCAUACAAAUAUGUUUGCGACAGCAAGGGAACGUUUUCCUUCGUCGAGCAGCACGGACGACGACCAAAGCGGUUCCGAUACGGAACACGACUCGAACGCGUUACGUGGUAAAGUCCACUCUGGAAUACUCCAUCACUCUGGCCAGCAUUCCGUGAGAAAACGUCGAGGAAACUUACCGAAGCACUCGGUGAAAAUUCUAAAGCGAUGGCUUUACGAGCACAGAUACAAUGCCUAUCCGAGCGACAGCGAGAAGCUGACGCUCAGUCAGGAAGCAAAUCUCACGGUGCUCCAGGUUUGCAAUUGGUUCAUAAACGCCAGACGACGAAUCUUGCCGGAAAUGAUUCGAAGGGAGGGCCACGAUCCUCUGCAAUACACGAUAUCUCGUCGCGGUAAGAAGAUGCCCGCCGGAAGUCACCAACAAUCGUCCAGUCUUGGCUCAAGAACCAAUCAGAAUUGGGACUCGUUGGCUGGUAUGAGCGCCCCGAAACGCAGCAGGGAUCACGACUACGAAGAUCCUGCUGGAUUAAUGUAUCGAAGCGAGGAGGAUAGUCCAAACGAUUACGAAAGCAGUUCCCACAGCGAGGAGGAACGUCCGACGACUCAGUGGCCAAGCGUGAUAGUUUAUCCUUACUCGGAGACAAAGAUUGAGCAAAACGUCGGUCAACUUGGUGCUUACGAAGAAACGAUUGCCCAUCCUGCGCGGCGAGGGGACGAAGACGAGUCUUCGAUGGGAAACGAAGCCGCGUACUGGAGCGCACCUAGACAGCAUCUUAUACAAACCCCCGACGUACAACACGAAACAGAAGUGUACAGUACGCGUAACGCUCAUAGUCCGCAUACAGAUGAGACGCCGCCGCCGACGCCACCCGAAGAGGAUAAAGACAAGUUCAAGUGUCUUUACUUACUGGUCGAAGCAGCUGUUGCCGUGCGACAACAGGAAAAGGAACGCGAGGGGGCCGUACCGGUUUAACAAGAGCAGCAGUGUUGUUGUUCGUUUACACCAACCUUCUUUAGCUUCCAAUUCCAUUAUCCCGUGGAAAACACACAAGAACAAUCCUUUUUCGCUUUGGCAUUGUCGGCGCGACGAUUCUCGAGUCUCAUACGAUAUUAAUAUUCCCUCCGUUGUUCCUCUUUCUCGCAAUUUCGAAAUGCGCGAAUCAAAACGGAAAGCAUACGCAAUUCGAAGCCGAUCGUUUCUCACCGCGCGAUCGUUGUUUCAGCUUUUCGAGACAAAAAAACUCAGGAAUCGCGGUUUGACAAAAGAGAAGAAUUUAAAAAAAAAAAAAAAUAAAGAACCCCUCGAGACGCGAAGAACUAAAGAUAACUGGCUAAAAAUAACCAAACGUUUUCUCAACAUAUAUAUAUAUAUAUGACAAUGUUCUCGAAAUGUUGUGGACUUUUUUCUUCGUACGCACGCGUGCGUAAUUCAACAUUUUCAAAGAUAGUUUGAACAUUCAGUAUUUAAAUCGUGUUUUUCAUGGCACAAGUUCUUACAAACGGAGAACAAGUUUUAAGGGAAUAGAACCGUUCCCGGGAAUUCAUUCAAGAGACUGAAGUGCUACAGGUUUCGAUGAAAUAAAAUAUAUCGAGGAGUACUCGCUACUCGUGCACGAAUUCUUCGCGUAGAACGGCGCCACCGGACCAACAACAAGACGUCUUGUCUCGUUUUUGAUUUUUAUGUGUGUUUUCUGUCGAUACCGUACGAGAUCGACGGCCAAACAAGUGCCAAAAUUUUCUACUACGAGUGAAAAAACCAAGUGUAACGGGGAGAGAUGUUGAAAUCGGAUGUCAAUUUUCAAAUAUUCGUCGAAUUCUACGCACCGUGUUACCGUAAGUUCGGAAUAUUGGUAAAAUCGUCAUCUUCGUAACUUGUUACUAAACCGCGGAUACGUGUCUCUUGUUAAUAUUCGAAGGAAGAAAGGGAGAACGAUAGGUGGAACGAAACGGAAAGAACUUGCGAAUUUACAAAUAUCGCUCACGUCUUUCAAAAAGUUUUAUAUGUUGCCAUAUUUCCCCCCCCCCCGCUAUUCACAAACAUUCGCAACGAACGUGUGUACUUCGAAUCAGUUUCCGUGUACAUUUCCACGAUAAAUAUUUUUGUCAGGCAGGAACUAGCCAAAGAACAUUGAAAGCAUUUUGUUGCGUUCUGUGUUUGUUUUUUUUUUUUAUUAUUAUUAAUUAUUAUUAUUACUAUCACUAUUAUUAUUUUGUUCUUCCAUGUCGCUAAGAUUAGCGGUUAGAGCGCAUAAUGUUAACAAUUGCGAGUGCCUUCCUUCUACAUAUAUUUUGAGACCGCACGGUACCUAAAGCGACGAAUACGUUACGCCGUGUCGCUUUUAGUUUAUCCCCGGUUGUUACUAUUACAGCAUUAUGCACUGCAUCGAUAGCAAUUACGGCAUUAAUUGCGUUUAUCUUCGCAUUUACGUUAGACGAAUAAGACUGCUCGAGUAGAGAUUCGUUCAUCCUUUCGACGCGUUCGCGUACGAUCGAUGCAUCUCUCUCUCUCUUUCCUCCCUGAAACGAAUGUACAGUACUGCCGAACCCGACGCUACCAGUCAGUUAAACCAGUUCAUUAAUCGCGCAUUGAUCGUUAUUCCUUCCGAAAAAGAAAAAAAAAAUACAGGAAGCAAUCGUUAUCUACGUUAACAAACGAUAAAUCAUGAGACACGUAAGCCGUUGCAUCAAGAAUAUGGAACCGAGCGAGAAAUAUUACCGCGUGCGUGCCUAUCAAAAAGAUACGUGUAUAGAUAAUAAGUACGUAUACAUAGAUUUAUAUUAUGCAUCCUAAUCGACGGUUGAACAUAUGUUAUAUACAAAGUUCGAAUUGUGAAAGAUUCGUUAAUCGGGGAUCAGCGUCGUAAAACACGGAUCGCGAAUAAAAAAAAAAAAAAUCAUUGGUACAAACGCCAAAGACUUAACUGUUAGCUCUAUCGAUAAUUAAGUUCUUUAAAUAAAUUCGAAUAGACGAGUCCUUUUGCCGAGAAAUAUAGUUAGUAAAUGUGUUUGUUGUGUGCCCGAGCGUUUGCAAACAAAACGAACAUUCAUUAAAGAUGUUGAAGAGGAGGUUGGGGGAAAGGACGAAGAGUGAGAAAAAGAAGGAAGCAGAGAAGGUGUUGGAAAAAUCGUGCCUAUCGAGCGUGGUAUUGCCACGUUCCUUGUUGUGUAUAUCGCGUGGUGAAAGUGUGAAUGUAGAUGCUAGCGUGGAUCGAUGCUGCUGCGAACGUACACGUGUGCUACCAAAACACGUUCGUUGAAUGUAAAUCUGUGCGCAUUUACGCAUCGAUACCGCGUGCUAGGAUUUCAAACCGUGUUCAAACGAAACAAAGUUCUUCGAUGUACAAAAUACGAUUCAAAUUUAUUUUUAAAUCGCGAUAAUCCUCGCGGUCCGCCAGACCGUCUCGUUAAAAACUGUUAGGGACGUAAUUUGCAUUAGGUUAAGAAUAGAUCUCUCUCCGACGGAUAAAAAUAAAGAAAAC